UAUGUAAACUCGGUGAGAUAAAUGAUGGCUGACAAAGGGAAGGAUACUAUUUCUCACUCAGAUAAAUUAAGUGUUUGUAAGAAAUCUAAACAAAUUAAAGUCACAAUGAAUUUAUUAACAGUAAUUUUAUAUAUUGGGAUUCUACCUCAAGUAAUUUUAGGACAAAGAUCGGACGAUUCUAGGAGAAAUACUGACUGUUACGAUGCUAACGGUCGGCCACAGCGCUGCAUGCCAGAAUUUAUAAAUGCAGCAUUUGGAUUACCCGUAGAGGCAACAAAUACUUGUGGUGUCAAGCGUGUUACAGAGUACUGUUUGCAAACGGGCGUAACAGGGGCAAGGAAGAAAUGCCAUUACUGUGAUGCCCGUACCGCCGGGCUUGGUCAUAAUACUAAUUUUUUAACGGAUUUUAACAAUAAUAACAACUGGACAUGGUGGCAGUCAGAGACCAUGUUAGAAGGAAUUCAGUAUCCAAUUGUAGUUAACUUGACCUUAAAUUUAAAAAAACAAUAUGAAGUUACAUACAUUAGACUUAAAUUCUACUCUCCAAGACCAGAAAGUUUUGCUAUUUAUAAAAGAAAAACCGACAGUGAUCCUUGGGUACCAUGGCAGUUCUACAGUGCAUCAUGUGAGAGGACAUACAAUCUACCAAGACGAGGAAUAAUAACAUCAGAAAAUGAAGCUAAUGCUAUCUGUACAGACGAGUAUAGCGAUAUUUCACCAUUAACUGGUGGUAGUGUACCAUUUAGUACCCUGGAAGGACGACCCAGUGCUUUUGAAUAUGAAAAUAGUCUUGUUUUACAGGAUUGGGUAACAGCAUCAUCAAUAAAGAUCAGUCUUACCAGAUUGAACACCUUUGGUGAUGAAGUGUUUGGAGAUGCCAGAGUGCUCAAGUCAUAUUUCUAUGCUAUAUCAGAUCUGGCUGUUGGUGCUAGGUGUAAAUGUAAUGGACACGCCAAGUCCUGCUCAUUUAAAACUGACGGUGAUUUGAUGUGUAACUGUGAACAUCGCACUACCGGAGACAAUUGUGAGAAAUGUGAAGCUAACUUUAAUGACAGACCAUGGAACAGAGCGUCACAAGACGCUGCUUUUGAAUGUUUAGCCUGUGAUUGCAAUGGUAAAGCAGAUACUUGUUACUUUGAUGAGGAGCAAUAUAACAGGACAGGUCAUGGAGGUCAUUGUAUAGAUUGCCGUGACAACACUGAUGGAUCAAACUGCCAGAGAUGUAAAGAAAAUCAUUAUGAAAGAAGUCCUGAUAGAUAUUGUACACCAUGUCAAUGCAACCCUACAGGCUCAGAGAAUUUGCAGUGUGAAAACAAUGGUAAAUGUCAAUGUAAGCCAGGUGUGAUAGGAGAUAAAUGUGACCGCUGUGAUGCCAAUCACUAUGACUUUGGUCCAUACGGAUGUCAACCAUGUAACUGUGAAGUUGCAGGCAGUGAGAAUAAUGUGGCAAGGUGUAACCCAUCUGAUGGCAAAUGUGACUGUAAACAAAAUGUUGAGGGCAGAGCAUGUGAUCAGUGUAAGAUAGGCUAUUUUGGUUUGAGUGAGAGGAAUCCAUUUGGAUGUGUUUCCUGUUUCUGUUUUGGACAUUCCCAGGACUGUAUCAGCUCUACAGGCUACUAUGCUACUAAUAUUGUUACAGACUUUGAAACAGGGAAACAACGUUGGACUGCUUCAGACAGAGCCAAUAAUGUUGUCAGUACUCAAUACAAUGCUUUCUUACAAAAUCUGGGAGUGUCUUCCACCGGAUAUGAACAUGUGUAUUUCAUAGCACCAGCUCGUUACCUUGGAAACCAGAGAUUAAGUUACAACCAGUUCUUGUCCUUUGACCUGCGUACAGGGGAGGAAGAGGGAAGAGCCUCUGUUGUGGAUAUUGUAUUGGAGGGAUCUGGACAGAAAGUAUCGUCAGCUAUCUUUACACAGGGUAACAAAAUGCCUGGAAUAGAAUCACACAACUACAAGUUCCGUUUGAAUGAACACCCUAAUUAUCAAUGGACACCAAGGAUAAAUGCUCAGGAUUUCUUGACAAUUCUGUCAAACCUGACUGCUAUCAAAAUCAGAGCUACAUACAGCAAUGGAGGUGUUGGUUUUAUUGAUAACAUUGUCAUGGAGACAGCAAGACUGGGGUCAAACGGUGGAGAAGUUGCUGCUUGGGUCGAGCAGUGCACAUGCCCGGAAGGUUAUGUAGGUCAAUUUUGUGAAUCAUGUGCUGCAGGAUACAAGAGAGACCCAGUAUAUGGUGGACCAUUCUCAAAUUGUGUACCAUGUGAAUGUUUUAAUCACUCUGAUAGUUGUGAACCAAAUAGUGGUCGUUGUAUCUGUAACCACAAUACUGAGGGAAAUUUUUGUGAGCGUUGUGUUACUGGUUACUAUGGCAAUGCCCGUGAAGGAACAUCUAACGACUGUCAGCCUUGUCCUUGUCCUGAUGGAGGACCAUGUGUACUGUUACCUGGAGGAGAAGUUGUGUGUACACAAUGUAGAGAAGGAGAAGGAGGAAACCUUUGUGAGUUUUGUCUUGAUGGUUAUUUUGGUGAUCCAACUGGAUUGAAAGGAGCUGGUAGACCAUGUGAGAGAUGUAAAUGUAAUGAAAAUAUUGAUACUAAUGCAGUUGGCAACUGUGACAGGUCAACUGGAGAAUGUCUGAAGUGUAUUUAUAAUAGUGCUGGAUUUUAUUGUAAUAAAUGUUUACCUAAUUACUAUGGCGAUGCUCUAGCAUCAACCAAAGGAGAUUGUAAAGCUUGUAGCUGUUAUCCUCCAGGCACGCUCAGUGCAGGUGUAUUGUCAUGUGACCCAGUGGUUGGAUCAUGUCCAUGUCUGCCCAAGGUUGAAGGUCGUCAGUGUGAUAAAUGUCAAUCUGGUUAUUGGAAUAUAGACAGUGGAACAGGUUGUGAAGAAUGUAAUUGUAGUCCAAUUGGAUCAUUGGACGAUACAUGUGACCAGGGCUCUGGUCAGUGUCAAUGUAAAGUAGGUGUGACUGGCCUGAAAUGUGACCAAUGUCAGCGAUUUUUCUUUGGAUUCUCUUCUGCUGGCUGUACAGCCUGUAAUUGUGACCCUGAAGGAGCAUUGGACUUACAGUGUGGUCCAAAUGGUAAUUGUCCAUGUAAAGUGGGUGUUGUUGGAGCCAGAUGUGACAUGUGUCAAGAAAACAAAUAUAACCUGACUGCUGGUUGUAUUGAUUGUGCACCAUGUUAUAGUCUUGUCCAAGAACGUGUUAACAAUCAUCGUAUGAAGUUGGAUGAUCUCCGAAAUCUUAUCAUCAAUAUCGGCAACAAUCCCAGUGCUUUCAAUGACACACAGUUCUUAAUUUAUAUGAAUGAAGUGAACUCUUCUGUUGUAAUGUUACUUGAUGAAGCUAGAGGAGCAGUCACUGACAAUGGAACAUUAGGGGUACAGUUGGCAGCGUUAAGGAAAGCAGUUCAAGAUGUUAACUCCAAAGCUUAUCAGAUUGGUGGAAAAUUGACCGCUGCAGAAACAGCAUCACAGAAUAGUGAAAGAGACCUCCGACUAGCCAGAGAGGCCAUUGAUAGGGCAGAAAAAGCCUUAACAGCAGCAGAGAGUUACAUUGAUACAGAAGGUAGAGCAGCUCUUCAGAGAGCAAGGGAAGCCCUGGCAAAGUUCGGACAGAAAUCAGACCAGAUGACUCAGAUUGCUUCUAGGGCUAAGACAGAGGCUGAUAGGCAAUGGAAGGAUGCAGAGAGAAUUGAAAUGUUGGCCAAGAAUGCUCUGAACACAUCUCGAGAGGCCAAACGUCUUGCUGAAGAAACAUUGAGAAUGCCCGACAAAACCAGUGAUGACAUUACUAGACUUAAACAGCAGUAUAAUGAUGCUGAUAGACUUUACAACCAGACCAGAACCUUUGCAGAGAGUGCUAAACAAAGGGCAAUUGAUGCCUAUGACGAAGCUUUAAAGUUAUACACAGAUGCCACAUCAAUACAGCUACCUGGAACAGAUGUUCCCGCUCUUAAAAGUAAUGCAAUGCUGAUAAAGAGAGAGGCACAGGAAAUAAAAGACGAAGCAAUGAGAUUGAUGAGAGACAAUGCUGCACUUUUAGAAGAUGUUUCUAAUCAAACCAGAGAUGCUACUGGAAUGUUAAAGAUUGGAAAUGAACAGCAGAAUCGUGUUGAUGAGCUGUUAGCUGAAGCAGAUGCUGCCAGACAGAUGGCAAAAGAUGCCACAAGCCGUGCUGAACAAACGCUGAAGGAAGCCAGUGAUACUCUCAGAAUUUUAUUGGGCUUUAAUCAACAAGUUCAGGAAAACAAAGACAAGGCAGAUAACGCUCUUCUGAGAAUACCAGAAAUUGAAGCUAUAAUUGAAGAGGCAGAGAAGAAGACCAUGGAGGCUCAGGAUGCUCUAAGUGGAGCAGAGUCUGACGCUGACAUGUCACUGAAAUUGGCCCAGCAGGCACAAAGUACAGCUCAAAAUGCUUCUAAUGAGGCAAGUAGAAUCAGACAGGAAGCUGACGAUACAAAAGAGAAAGCUACCUAUCUGAAGGAUGAGGCUGAUAACUUAUCUGAUGAUGUCAAUAACUUAGAAAAGGACAUUGCACAACGAGAAAAACAGGCUGAUGAUGAUUCAGCUCUUACGAACGAUGCAUUGAAAAAGGCUAGUCAAGCACAGAAUACAGCCAGAGAUGUGUCGACUAAAGUUACAACAGCAUUAAAUGAAAUUAAAAAUAUCUCUAAUUUAUUGAAUCAACUUGACAGUGUAGACACAGCUAAGUUAGACGACUUAGAAAAGCAGCUUGAUGAUGCAGAGAAGCUAUUAAGAGAAAAUAACUUAGACAAACAAUUUGUUGACCUUGAGAAUGCAAACAAUGAGGUCAUAGAUCUUGUUCUCAAGAGUAAACGAGAAUAUGAUGACCUGAAGAAGGACGUAGAAAAUAUAGAACAAAUAAUGAAUUCACUACCUGAUGGUUGUUUCAAGAAUAUAGAAAUAGAAACAGCACCUGGUACUUAAAUUAUUGUUCAAUCUUAAUUCUUAUUUUAUGUAGCGAUUGUCAAGUUGGAAGUCAAGAUCUGAGUGAUUGUUGGUUUGUAAAUGUUAGAAAGAAAUGAGAAUGUGAAGAAUUUUGAGAUGAAAAUCAUUGUUUGGAAGAGAACAAGUAUAUUCUACAAAAAAAAUAAAAUUACGAUAAAUCGUUCUUAUUUAAAAAAUGACAAAUAAGUAAGCAUCCUUAUAUUUUAUAUUACCUUUAAUGUAAACUUAACGAAUGUUUGAUAUGAAUUAUUUUCUAGUUAUCUAUUUUGCUAGCUUUCUCAUGAACAGUUAAAUCUAUAAGGUCCUUUUAUAUUCUAGUCAAUUCUAAUCAUUUUCUCAAUAUGCUUGUGAAUUGCAGGCAAUUUGCAUUUGUAUUAUAUCUUUCAUGUAUAUUUAGAAAUCAAUUAUUUUUCUGUCUUCUAUAAAAUUUUGUAUUCUAAUUUAUGUUUUUUAAUCAGAAUUUUUUGUAAAAUUUGUGAGAUUGCACCUAUGAUCAGGGAUUCUUUUAGAGUGUUUUCCUGGGCUCUUGGAUUUUUUUUUUACUUUGUAACAUUAUUUAAGAAUUUCUAAUCAUUAAGAUUAAAAAGGCCUUGGCUAUAAAUUUGUUAGGAAAAAUUUGAUUCCUGUAUAAUAUCUUGUAAAAUUUACAAAAUGUAUUAAGUCAUUUUCUUAAAUUUGUUGUUCCCUCAUAAUUUUAAAUAAUAUACUAUAUUUUUUUCCAACAAUAGAGGUUGACAAAUAUUGUGGUGUUAACAAUCAAGGCCAGUGGAAUCUCGUAGCAAUAGUGUUAAUCAUUGUCCUGUAGAUAAUCACAUCUCAUUUAUAUUAUUACUUGGAUUUCAUUCAAAAUUCAUUCAUUAUUUAAAAUCUAUGAAUUCUCAAUUUAAAUAUCUGUCUUAACACUGCUUGAAUUUAUAAAUUCAGGGUUGAGAAACUUGCACAUCAUUUAUAUUUUAAUCAAGUUAAUAAAACAACAUUUGACACAUUUUAGAUUAAUUCCUGAUCCAGAAAAUCCUUCUCAUUUGUUAGCCAAGAUAUCUCAACUGUGGAGUUAGACUUUUGAUUACCUCAAAUAUUAAAACUCAGUUAGCUUGAUUCAGGAUAAUUGAUAAGAAAUUUAACUCCAUAUAUAAACUCCAAAUUCCAACCAUGAACAAAUUGACAUAUAUUUUAUUUAAAAAAAAAAAAGGGAAAUUCUAAAAUGUGUUAAAAGUUCAAUUUUAUGUGUGUUAAAUUAUACAUCAUUUGAAAUCCUUCCAUCUGACAUCAAGACAAGUUUCAAUUUUGCCUGUUAUAUAUUUUUUUCUUUUUCUUACAGUUGAAAAGUAGAAAUUUAUAAUUAUAAAAUUACAAUCAUUUAUGUUUAGGUUUUUUUGUUUUUUUAUACGACCUCAAUAUAACACUGUAUCCAUCUCGGUAACUCAACCAGAAUUUGCAGUCGUAAGAUGGUUGGUUCACUGAUGUAAUUUGUUCUGAAAAUUGUAUUAUGUGUGAUAGCAUUUAACUGUGUCGAGACUGACCAGUUUAAAAAAAUUAUUGACAAAACCACCAUGACCACACAGAAAUAAUUAUAUAGUGCCUUAAGAUUGAGAACUGCGAUGAUAUGUCAUAAAUAUAUAUACCUCAAGUGGGAAUACUCUGUUCUUGUUAUUAUAAAGAUAUUUCAGAAAGACAGGCUUCUUUUUUUAUAUAUCAUUUUUGCUAUGCUUAAAACAAAAAUAGAAUUUCUAUAUUUGGAUAAAUAUUCUGCAGUUUUGAAGUUUUAAUUUUUGGCAUUAGUUUUUUGCAGAUACAGAUACCACAAUUAGUUAUGUGAAUAUACAAAACCUCCGACAUGUGUCAUAACGGCACAUAGCAUUUAGUAUAAACCCUUAGAUAUUCAAACGCUUGCUUGCUUUGUCAUGUGUAAAAGACCAUUGAUUUUAGCAAGUUAUUUUACAAUCAGUUGUAGCAUAGAUCAAGUUAUCCAAAUUGAAAUAAAGUUGUUAAUACACAAAAGAAAUCUUAAUAGUGUUACAGGUUGUAAAAUAACUGUAUGAUUAUUAAACCAGGUUUAUAUGUUUUUAUUGGUUGUAAAAUAAUUAAACCUGCCUCUCCAUUCAUAGACUUUUUUGUUUACAUAUUAUGGUAUACAUGUCUAGUAAUUUUAAGCUACAAUGUAUUUAAAGAAUUCAUUGAGGUGACAUGCUUUUUUUUUUAAUCAAAUCUGAUAAUUCUGCAAAGUUAAUUGUAAAAGGUUGCAUGAUGGAAUAUUUGUCAUCAACACUUUACUCUAAAUAUGUAAAAUUUCAAUGGUGCUAUUUUUUUACAUUGUAUUGUGAUGAAGUUUUACUCAAGGGCAAGACUAUCAGUUCUUUCAUUUAAAUGUACAGAUAUUUAUACUUCACUUUUGUAAUUAUAUUCAUAAAUGUAGUAAAAGAAAAAGAUGUGCAAUGCACACUGGUUGUAAGGCCCCAUAUGUAGUCAAUAUACACCAUACACACUGGUUGUAAGGCCCCAUAUGUAGUCAAUAUACACCAUACACACUGGUUGUAAGGCCCCAUAUGUAGUCAAUAUACACCAUACACACUGGUUGUAAGGCCCCAUAUGUAGUCAAUAUACACCAUACACACUGGUUGUAAGGCCCCAUACGUAGUCAAUAUACACCAUACACACUGGUUGUAAGGCCCCAUAUGUAGUCAAUAUACACCAUACACACUGGUUGUAAGGCCCCAUAUGUAGUCAAUAUACAGCAUACACACUGGUUGUAAGGCCUCAUAUGUAGUCAAUAUACAGCAUACACACUGGUUGUAAGGCCCCAUAUGUAGUCAAUAUACACCAUACACACUGGUUGUAAGGCCCCAUACGUAGUCAAUAUACACCAUACACACUGGUUGUAAGGCCCCAUAUGUAGUCAAUAUACACCAUACACAGGACUGGUUACCAGGUCAUUUAGGCUAAAUAUGAAUUAUAAUUUUCCAAAGAAUCUUUUGACCUUUCUAAUAAACUUAAAUAGCCAUUACUACAUAUAUAAUUGUAUGUCAAUUAAAACUUUUAUUAUAAGAAGGUUGUAUCAAUUUUUAGGUUAUUAUAUAUACAUUUGAAUAGACCAGGAGUCUUUGAAUUUGAUUUUUUUCUCCUUUGGAAGAAAAUUAUUGUUAGUAAAAUAUAUAAAGGGUUAUUUAAGGUUGAUUAGAAUCAAAGUUAAUUAUAUUUUCACCCAGAAUAUUAAGCAGUUCAUUAUGGAGUAUAUUCUUUCACUUCAUAUACAUCAACAAUUAUGUGCCAAAUAUAUGCAAAACUUACAAAAACAUUUUUAGUAGCUAUAUGUAGAUAAAAUUUUGUAUAGAUAUUUUUAAUCAUGAUCUUUACCAUUUAAUAUUGUAUUUAUAUAUACCGGUAGACUAUUUUUAUCCAUCAGUUUUAUAUGAAUUAGUGUUUUAUAGCUGUUAUUGUGUGCUGUAUUGUUGUGAGUAACUCUCUUCAAAUUUAUUUUGUGAUUAGAAAAAAGUUAGUCAUUCUGAUGUCUUUUCUGAUUGGUUGUUUUUAGAAACUUUAUAAUACAUGUAUCUUAAAAAAAAAGUGCAUCAUAGAAUUGUCCAAAGUCAAUUGAAUUAAACUUCAAAGUUAGAUUUGAUUAUUUUGAAUUUCUAGUUGUUAACUUGCAAGAAUUUUGGUAAAAAACACAAAAGAUAAUUCAACAUCUUUUCAGCUGUGAUUCUGUCGUUCAAAUUUUUGUACAUAAAGUUUAAAACAGCAUAUGCAAGAUGAAUUUUGAUUGGUUAUUUGUAACUCGAUGAUGUCAGUGUAAGUUUGUCAGCAUGUAUUUAGUACAUUUGUUGUGUCAUGUGACAUGUCAUGUGACAUGAUAUCCCACCUACUUAUCAUCGUUGUACUUUUCUUUAAGAUAGUCCCAUUUGUAAAAAUGUUCUAUGACAGCUGUACAUUUGAUAUUAUUAAAAAAAAUAACACCA